ACGAGAAGAUUAAUAUCCAAUGGAGCCCUCCUUAAUCAUAUGAUUAAAUUAUCCAUUGUUUUGUGCUAUAAAUUCUUCCAAAAGAUGCUAUAAAAACCCCAAAUUGACCAUAAAAAAAUUAUGCGUAUCAAUCAGUAUCCACGUGGCAAUAUCUGAGGAGAUACAGAGAGAGACAAAAACCCUAAGACGCUUUUUAGUUUCGUCCUCCGUCAAUCUCUCUCGCCGCUUUAUCCUUGUUACAAAUCCCAUCGAUCUUUUCGGAAUCUUCCCUCAUUAUGCUCAGCCACCAUUACCAGAGCUCCAUUGUUUCAGUUCUCCGUUCAACGAUUAUCGGAAUUAUUCACAACACUAUUAGUAUCACCGUCGCCAACCGAUUUUGAUUACCAGCUUUGGUGACGACAGUCGUGAUUAAGGAGGUUUUGGUAAAUUUCUUCGUUCCUGUUUGUUUUCAAAGAUGGCUGCUUUGAAAGGUUAUGGCUUGUGUUCUAUGGACUCUGCUCUUCAAUUCCCCUGUCCUAAGCUAUUCAAUAGCUACAAGAGAAGGAGCUCGAAAUGGGUCUCUCCCAAAGCAGCUGUUGUACCCAAUUUCCAUCUCCCAAUGCGCAGCUUGGAGGUUAAAAACAGGACAAACACAGACGACAUUAAAGCUCUACGUGUGAUCACAGCUAUCAAAACACCGUAUCUACCUGAUGGAAGAUUCGACCUUGAAGCCUACGAUGACUUGGUCAACAUUCAGAUACAAAACGGUGCUGAAGGUGUCAUUGUUGGUGGUACAACUGGUGAAGGACAACUGAUGAGCUGGGACGAACACAUUAUGCUUAUAGGCCAUACCGUUAACUGUUUUGGCGGAAGCAUCAAAGUCAUUGGAAACACUGGAAGCAAUUCGACUAGAGAAGCAAUCCACGCGACUGAACAAGGAUUCGCGGUUGGAAUGCAUGCUGCUCUUCAUAUAAACCCUUACUAUGGCAAGACUUCUAUUGAGGGACUGAUUGCACAUUUCCAGUCUGUUCUUCAUAUGGGACCGACGAUUAUAUACAAUGUGCCUGGUCGAACAGGGCAAGAUAUACCGCCUCGUGCCAUCUUCAAACUUUCUCAGAAUCCGAAUUUAGCUGGUGUGAAGGAAUGUGUUGGGAACAAGCGAGUCGAAGAGUACACUGAGAAUGGGGUUGUUGUGUGGAGUGGGAAUGAUGAUGAGUGUCAUGAUUCCAGAUGGGAUUAUGGAGCAACAGGAGUUAUAUCAGUUACUAGUAAUUUAGUUCCGGGUUUGAUGAGGAAGUUGAUGUUUGAAGGUAGGAAUUCAUCUUUGAACUCAAAGCUUCUACCUUUGAUGGCUUGGCUGUUCCACGAGCCAAACCCGAUUGGAAUCAACACUGCUUUGGCUCAGCUUGGAGUUUCGAGGCCGGUUUUUAGGUUACCAUAUGUACCAUUGCCACUGUCUAAGAGGCUUGAGUUUGUGAAACUGGUGAAGGAGAUUGGACGAGAGCAUUUUGUGGGUGAGAAAGAUGUUCAGGCUCUUGAUGAUGAUGAUUUUAUCCUUAUCGGUCGAUAUUAGCAUACUUUUUUUUUUUUAAUUUUUGGUUCCUUUUUGUUUGGUGUUAAUGAAGAAGAGAUGGUUCUAUCAUUUGGUUUUAUGUAGCUGAUGAAUGAAUGAAAACUCAAGGAAUGAUUUCAUCAUAUUUCUUAGCUUGUUUUGGUCUCUGAUCGUUAUGUUCUGCUUUUAUACUCUGUUUUACGGUUGCCUCAAAGGAGGGAGAUAGAAACGGCACGCAUGUUUGAUAAUAUUGUUUGAAACAGCAUGGCUUUG